AGAGACAUGCGUGCUGCAUUUAACGAAGGACAAACCUCCGCUGAUUGGUUGAAGACUCACAGUGUAGAAAUAUUUAAAUUGACCCUCAAAGAUCUGCUUGUAAAAGGAGCUGUAACAAAGCCUAAUUCCGUCGAGUCUAAAGGACAACACCUCCAGUUUGAAGCUAGUGCUGUGAAUGAGUUUGAGUACAAGUUAUAUGAAUCAAUAGAAAUGUAUCAUAACAGAAUCAAAUGGCUGCUGCAAGGAAGUAAGAAGGUGUUUGGCAUGGUGAAAGGUUCAAAGGUCGCCCUAAUGGUUGAUACGUCAGACUCUAACUGUGGAUUUGGACGGCUGAGUGACUUCCGACGUUGUUUAACUGAAUUGAUUGAUGAUCAGCUGCACUCCAAGGAAAUGCUGUACAUGAUGUCAUUUGCAACUGACACCAGUUCAUUGUGGGACUCACCAAGAUUUGUAAAUAUCAGAGUGUUGAAUGAGGCUAGGGGUUGGGUGAACAGUCUUGAAUGUGACGGAGGCUGCAACCUGCUGUCUGCUCUCAAGGCUGUGACAAGAGUGCCUGAUGUAGACUCCAUUCUACUUGUCCUUGGCAGUUGCCCAGACCAGACUUCUGAAGUGGUGAUAGACUACAUCCAGCAAUUAAUAGUUGGAAGAGAUAUUCCUAUUAACACUGUUGCCUAUGAUUGCAAUAAUCAUCUCACCAAUAUGACACUGCGGAAUCUAGCAGAGGUUUCUGGAGGUCGCUAUCAUGUGUACACAUCAAGUUCAGUUGAACAAAUUUACUCUGGCACUGAUAUUAUGCUGCUGUUACGAGAGAUAAAGCAGGCACAAGACGUCAUUAACAAGAUCCAGGAGAUGAGGCAAGGCAUGCUGGGAGAUGCCCUCGUGAAUAUUCUGAAUGAGAUUUCACUUGAAGUGCAAAAGCUUCCUCAAUCACGUUUCUUGCCGAGACCUCCUAACCACACUGGUGCAUUGACAAUUGAAGAUCAACCAUUCCAUCCGAAGAGUUCAGAUGAUUGGCUUAAGCAGAAUGGGCUAAAGGCUAAAAAGUUAAGUCUGUACCAAGUAAUGGCACCUAAUGCUUUUGCUCCUGUUGAAGAGUUCAUACCAAUUAUAAGGAAAUCGGUUCGAUCCACAUUGCAUGAGAAAGCAAUGACUCAGUUUGAGUGGCAUGAUGGUUCUAUCAGGAAUGUGCAUGUGGAUCCAGCCCAACUCUUUGACUAUCAGAAGCAACUUGGAGCUCUGGUCAAACUCUAUGAAAAGAGAGUGGAUUGGUUGUCUAGAGACAGCAGACGAUUGUUUGGAACUAUUAUUGAGAAAAGAAUAGUGAUGAUGAUAGACCUGUCCGCUUCCAACAUCAACUACUUGAUACACAUCCAGCAUUCCUUGAGAAUCCUACUGGAACAGCAGCUGAGCAACAAGCAGUCAUUUAAUGUUAUUGGUUUUGGAAGUGAAGCACAUUGCUGGAGACCAUGUCUACAAGAGCCCACAGAGAAAAACCUACAAAGUGUGUGGAAGUGGAUCCUUGGUCUGGAGUGUGGAGGUAGUAGGAACUUCAUGGCUGCUCUUCGUCUUGCCAUGGAGACUGAGGAUGACCACAAGAGAAUGACAGUUGUUGAAGGGAUUUACCUGUUCACCAGCGGUAUACCUGACCAACUUCCCGAUGUCAUUUGCUCUUAUGUUGAAGAAGCAGCUGUUGGACAGGUGACCAAAAUUCAUACAAUCCUUUUCAAUGUUGACGACUACGAUUCGAACGGGGCGAUCCCAGGUCGGUACGCCAACAUCACGCAGACAGCGGAAUGUCUGAGAACUCUGGCACAUGUUAGUGGUGGCAGGUUCCAUUGGUUCCGUGAAACAGGCAUCAUUGAAAGUGAUGACAUCAAAGCAAUCCUUUCAGAGAUGGAUAGAGCAGUUAAUUAUUCCCAGAAAUGUGCAAUGUUGUUGGAUUCAGUGAAGAAGAGAAUGCCAAGACCCAAGGAAAAUGGUGUAGGAGAUUCAAAAAUGGGAGAGGAAUUGAAGAUGUUGCCGAAGCGACCUACGUCAGGCAAGAAGGCAUUGCCCACAGCCCCAAGACACACUGAACUGAGUCGUGCUAGAAUAAAUUGUCAAGACAAUCAGGAACAUGAAGAGAAAGUUAAGGCCAUAGGAUGGAGGCCUGUCAGCGCCAACCACAACCUCAUCCCAACAGCUUGUCCUGUUUCAACAAAGAAAGCAACAACACAAGAAACAAGUGCCAAAAAGGUAGCGACACCAUCAAAAAACAAAGGUAUCAAAGAAGUGUUCUACACGGAAUACAAAAAUGAAGUAGGUUUGUUAUUACAACGUGAACAUAGGCGGAAAAGGAAAUAUAAACCAAUAAAUCACCCAAUAAUACCAGACAGAGAAGAACAAAUUACAACAAAAAAUUGGUUGAAGAAAUACCGGUUGUCUAAGCUAAGACUGGACUUAAAUAAGCUGAUAACCGGGCCAGAUUGCUGCCACACCCAGAAACACAUUAGUACUCUGCAUAAGAAUGUCUCUGCCAAGUACUGCACAAUAUUCCCAAGUGUUAACAUUAAUGGAACUGUCAAACAUUUACAGCUGAGGGCACAUGAACUAAAAGAGUAUGAAGACCAGGUGGAGGUCGUGCUUCGCAGAUAUCUAAGGCGUUUGCAAUGGUUGCUAGGAAGCAGCCGGAGAGUGUUUGGAUCAGUUGUUGAGAAGAAGGUGGUUAUCCUUGUUGACACAUCUGGAUCCAUGGUCUACCACAUGGAUGAACUCAAGAGGGAAUUGAUUGCUUUAAUAUGGGAACAACUCAAGAAAGAAAACAUAAGUUUCAACAUCAUUCGUUUCUCUGGUGAUGUUGAGUCAUGGCGUCCACAAAUCGUUGAACCAACGAACGAGAACUGCAACGACGCUGUCAGAUGGGUGUCCACCUUGGUAACUGGUGGUAACACCUGUACACUAGAAGCACUCUCCCAUGCCUUUGAUGAUCCUAAUAUUGACGCUGUGUAUUUGCUAACGGAUGGGAAGCCAGAUUCAAGCACGAGUCGUGUAUUACAGUCUGUUGCAAGUUUAAACACUGUCCGUUGCAUAAAAAUAAACACUAUUUCUUUCAACUGUAAAGAUGACGCUGCUAAUGUCUUCCUCAAGCAGUUAGCAGCUAUGUCUCGAGGACGUUAUCACCGCUGCUAUGGACAUGUUGAUGGUGAUAUGUUUGCUCACAAGCUCUUAGCCAAUGGAUUCCAGAAUGCCCAGUGCCUCGAGCUCCCUUGUUUUGAUGGUGAUGAUUUGCAUCUACUUGGGUCAGAGAUCAACUUAGCCCGUCAGUUUUUGUCACAGUCCAGAACAUUCCGUGAUGUCUUUGCUGCCACUCCCAAACCUCAUGAAAAUGGUAAGAAAUUGGAUGUUGCGUCCAGUAAAUUGGUUGUUGGCAACGUGAGCAGUUAGUGUCAUAUUGUGUUGUACUUGAAUGUUUUUAAAAUUGCAAGUAUUAGCAAGAUCAAAUGUGAGAUCUUACCACAAAAUGAGACACGUCGUUGGUAAGAUUAUUCUGAGAUAAUCACCAAAAUAGAUCAAAGUCAAACUUUGUUAUUUUUAUUUUUUAAACUAGUUUUCUUAAAAAGAAUUCUCCAUGCACAUUCUGUAUAUCUAGUCCUAUUAUUUGUACAGGUUAGUUUAUCUUUGAUGCUGAUUAUUCUCCCAAAACCAAGUUUUU